AUGGGACGUUCACGCUCUAGAAGUAAAUCUCCUCGGCGUCAUCAUAAAAGCAAUAAACAUUCGAGGAAGAAAAGUCGUUCAAAAGACAGAUCGUCCUCUCGCAGUAGGAGUACGAAACACGCCGAAAAGUCAAGAGAACGGAGUUCAAAAUCACGAAAAAGGUCACAUUCUGUGUCUUCCGCAUCAACCACUGAUGGCUCAUAUGAUGGUAGCAGGAGUAGAAAAAAAUCCAAAUGCCGCAAUAAAAUGGAUGAAGUGGACCGCCUUGCAGAAAUGGAAAGGCAAAGGCGUAUAAGAGAAGCGGAACAAAAGGUAGUUGAGGAAGAAGCUGCUAAAAGAAUAGAACUUCUUGUUAAGAAAAGAGUUGAGGAGGAAUUAGAAAAACGAAAGGAAGAAAUAGAAAGAGAAGUUGCUAAAAGGGUCGAAGAGGCCAAAAGAAAAAUGGAACAUGAGAUGAUGCAAGAACUAGAAAAACAGCGGGAACUACAGAAACGAGAGGAAAUUGCUCGACAGGCUGAAGAGGAACGUAAAAGGAAAGAGUUGGAGGAUAUCAUGGCUGAAAAUAAUAAAAAGAUUGAGGAAGCUCAACGCAAGCUGGCGGAAGAAAGGUUGGCUAUGAUAGAAGAACAAAGGAAGAUGGACGAAGAGAGACAAAAGUUGAAAAAGGAACAAGAGAAAAGAGUAAAAGAAGAACAAAAGAAAAUUUUAGGCAAAAACAACUCCAGACCCAAACUUUCAUUCUCCUUGAAACCACUUUGA